CAGGAGAUAGGUUUUGAUUGGCAAGAAGAGACGCAAUCGCGGAUGGGAACAAGCCUCACAGGGCAUGAUGUUUGCUCGAACUCUCUCAAGAUAUUGGCGUAGCAUAUUUAGACUGUCCUCGCUCCCAGAUAGAUCCGCGAUGUAGAUCCUCUGCACUCCCUCAAUCCGUUACUCCGCUACGUACGUGUCGAGCUAUGGACGUCGAACGACUCUCCUUACAUACGCCGGACCUCGUCUGGAGAAUGCUCACCUUUACUAUCUUCUCGUAUCUCGCCUACCAAGUUGCGACGACGAUAUACGAUGUCUGGUUCGGACCCCUGUCCAAAUUCCCAGGACCAAAACUAUGGGCCGCAAGCAAUCUACCACUUGUGUGCAUGUUGUGGAGAGGACAAGAUACUCAAGCAAAACAUCGCCUUCACACGCAGUACGGUCCAGUCGUGCGUGUUUCGCCAACAGAGAUAAGCUAUAUCGACGCAGAUACAUAUGCAAAUGGCUUGUCAGGUAAAAACGCUUGGAAGGAGAUUUACGGCCACCGGUUGUCCGGCAAGAGGAGCUUUGCAAAAGACCGUCGUCUUUAUGCCAUUCCUGUUAACGGAACUACCUCGAUCCUAAGCUCAGACGAUGCCAGUCAUUCCCGACAACGACGAGUCCUAUCACACGCAUUUUCUGACAAGGCGCUGAAAGAAGAAGAGCCUCUCUUCAAAAGAUGGGCAAGCUUGCUUGUAGACAAGUUGGAUGCAUUAAGCUUUACUGACGCUCCUAUCGAUCUGGUUGCAUACUACAACUUCACCACGUUUGACAUCAUGGGAGAGCUCACCUUUGCCGAGUCUCUACACAUGCUUGAGGGUUCCGAGUACUCGCCAUGGGUUGCCACCAUCUUUGCGUCAAUCAAGUCGAUGACAAGACUUCGUGCAGUCAGGCUAAUACCUGGCAUGACGACUCUGCUAAACAUAUUCCUGACCAAUGCAAUCCGCAAGAAGCAGGUCAGCCACUUCAAAUAUUCGGCUGAUCGAGUGGACCGCCGUCUGGAAACAACGCCUUCCAAGCCGGACUUGUGGAGUUUUGUUUUGAAAAAAGCUGGGCAAGAGGGAGGCAUGUCAUUAAGUGAGAUGCAUAGCAACUCCGCAAUGUUUAUGAUAGCAGGGACCGAGACGACGGCGACAUUGCUAAGCGGAUUGACAUACCAUCUCCUCCGAAACCCAGCCACGACCGAGAGGCUUACUCGGGAGCUGCGUUCUGCUUUUAUAACCGACAAAGAUAUCACGAUCGAGGCGUUGCAACAGCUACCAUACUUGUCAGCUUGUAUCGAGGAAGGCAUGAGACUGUACCCCCCAGUGCCGACUGGAUUGCCACGACAGACUCCAAAAGGUGGUGCCAGAAUUUGUGGAGAAUAUAUUCCCGAAGACAUCACUGUCUCUGUGAGCCAAUGGGCGACAUAUCACUCCGAGGCCAACUUCUAUGAUGCAGAGAGUUUCAUACCAGAAAGAUGGUUGGAGCAGGAUUCACGCUUCGAGAACGACAACCAUGCCGCAUUUCAGCCUUUCUCAACGGGACCUCGCAAUUGUAUCGGCCGCAAUCUUGCAUAUCACGAAUGUCGUCUGUUAUUGACGGAAGUUUUCUGGAAUUUCGACCUGGAGUUGAUGCCAGAAAGCAGUAAAUGGACCAACCAAAAAGUCUUCUCUUUUUGGGACAAGUCGCCCUUGUGGGUCAAGCUGAGACGAGUGGUCCGGUGAUGAUACCUAUGUCAGCAUGAAUAAUAUAUAGCUAGCUGCAUGGAUGAGUCUGCCUGAAGAGGGGGCAGGCGUUAAUGUACUCAAGUACGCAUGAUCUAAUGAUAACUUCCGAAACAAUUGACCACUCGUGCGUUGAGAUCUGUCGCAUUCGGCCAUCACCCGCAACUCAGGUCUAGAGUCAUUCGGCCUGUAGAAAUGUACGAUCUCAGUGGAGGCCGCCGAUGACUUCUUGAGAAUCGUGUGUUUCUACAGCUACACGCAUGACAAGGGAGAGGAAGGGAAAUGCACGAUCGUCUCUCGUAUUUUGUUGCAUAUCAAUCGGCGAAGCGGACCUCUAAUUUCGCCUC